GCCUAACACUGCAGAGUGUGUCCCAGCUUUGCCCUGUUUUUUUUUUUUUUAAUCCUGAGGACACUCAACAUGACCAACUGCUUUACAACACUCCCACAUUUUCACUUCGCUAGAAAGAUAUUAGAGUCGCUCAUUUAGAUUCGGUGCUAUCAAUGAAAAGUCGUGUGAAAGAAAAGAUUGGAAUCUUUAAGCAUGUCUGAAAGUGGAAUUUUUCCCCAAAAAGUCUGAGUUUCAUUCAGAAGAGGACGGAUUGUUCUGAGGGUGGACGGUCCCAGAGACAAAUCGAAAGCAUGCCAACGGAGACCAGCAUCAGCAAUGGGGACAAUGCUGUGAUGUCCAACUGUGCCAUCUGUGGGGAUAAGGCCACGGGAAAGCACUACGGCGCCUCCAGCUGUGACGGCUGCAAGGGUUUUUUCCGCAGAAGCAUCCGGAAGAGUCACGUAUACUCAUGCAGGUUCAGUCGCCAGUGUGUCAUCGACAAAGACAAGAGGAACCAGUGCCGCUUCUGCCGGCUUCACAAAUGCUUCCGGGCUGGAAUGAAGAAGGAAGCUGUGCAGAAUGAAAGGGAUCGUAUCAGCUCCAGGAGAAGCUCACCGGACUCGCAUGACCUUCCACCUAUCACUGUGCUGGCUCAGGCAGAGUCCCUUUCACAACAGAUCAGCGUCGCCAGUCCGACAGACUCUGCGGAUGUCUCCGAGAAGAAACCAGCCACCAUCGGGGAUGUGUGCGAGUCUAUGAAGCAACAGCUGCUUGUUCUGGUAGAGUGGGCUAAAUACAUCCCGGCCUUCGGCGAAUUGCCUCUUGACGACCAGGUCAGUUUAUUACGAGCGCACGCAGGAGAACAUCUUCUGCUCGGAGUGGCCAAGCGGUCAAUGCCAUACAAAGAUGUCCUGCUGCUCGGUAAUGGCUGUGUUAUUCACCGAAAUUGCCCCGAGGCAGAGAUCAGCCGAGUGGCUAACCGUGUCCUCGAUGAAUUGGUCUCACCUUUCCAAGACAUACAGAUUGAUGAGAAUGAAUAUGCAGCUCUGAAAGCCAUUGUGUUUUUUGACCCUGAUGCCAAAAACCUCAGGGAUCCCUCAAAGAUAAAAAGCAUGAGGUACCAGGUUCAGAUGAGUCUCGAAGACUACAUUAAUGACCGUCAGUACGACUCUCGUGGGCGCUUUGGCGAGCUGCUGUUGCUUCUCCCUACACUGCAGAGCAUCACCUGGCAGAUGAUCGAGCAGCUUCAAUUCAUCAAACUCUUCGGCCUGGCCAAGAUCGACAACCUGCUGCAAGAAAUGUUGCUAGGCGGUCUGACUGCAGAACAGCCCUACUUGCACCACCACGGCCACCCGCAGCUCGCUCAGGAUCCGAUCACGGGGCAGACGUUAGUCAUAAGCUCCAUUUCAGGCCCUCUGCAUGUACAGCAAAUAGCUUCUCCAGACACCCCAAUCCCAUCUCCACCUCAAGUUCAGAGCCAGGAGAUCUACAAGGCCUGUUCUAGUCCUACACUCUUAAUGGUGACCCAGCCCAUCUCCAACAGAAACUCUCCUGAACCACUGGUCUGAGGCCUGAAAUGGCGUCCCUGCAUCCUUCCUGUAUCUAAGUGGAGCUGUGUUUGUAAAUGUGUAUGAGAUGUAAAAAGUAUCAAAUGAAA